UAGAGUUGUCUCCCCAUUAUUCGGUUUUUCGAUAUUUUUUGUGUGGUUUUGUUGAUUGUUAUAUUUCAGGGACCGCUUUUCUGUUAGGUUACCUUUUUUUCUCUCUAACAUAAUCCCUUUUUAAAAUGGCAGAAAGUGAAAAGGAACAAGGGGAGCAGGAUGAGGAUGAAGUUGAAGAAGAUACUCCUUUAGAAAAAAAGAAGAAAAUAUUUUCAAAGGAAUUGCGAUGUAUGAUGUACGGAUUUGGAGAUGAUCAGAACCCAUACACUGAAUCUGUGGACCUUCUAGAAGACCUCGUCAUAGAAUACAUUACAGAAAUGACAAAGAAAGCGAUGGAAACUGGCAGAGCAGGACGUAUCCAAGUAGAAGAUAUUAUAUUUUUAAUCCGCAAGGACCCUAAGAAAUAUUCUCGAGUCAAGGAACUUUUACUUAUGAGUGAGGAACUCAGAAAAGCUAGAAAAGCAUUUGAUGAAAUAAAAUAUGCCACGACAAAAUAGCACCAAAGGACGUGCAGUGUUUCUGAGCAUAUUGUGCUGCUUGGUAUGUGUGUAGCAGUCGACUAGUGAGGAUGUAUGGAUGGGAUGUUAUGAAUGUUGUUUUAUGGCAAAACUUGGAAUAAAAGGAUGAUUUAUAAAAUAAAAUGGUUAAAAAAUAGGCAUAUGCCACAGUGGGUUUUUUUUUUCUUAAAACAGUUGACUUGGUUGAGACAAUAUAUAAUUAUUAUGUACUGUAGGUGCAAAAAAAUGUGAGCAGAUGUUAUUUGCAUUAAUAAAAUGACACAUUUAUUUAUAACUUUCCUAUCUGUCGUGGGUCAUUCCAACAAAAACAAAAAUUAAAAUAUUAGUUUAUUUUAUAAAAUGCAGUUCAGGGGGUGGGUAUGUAAAUAGUCUAAUUACUGAAGCAAUACGUAGAGGCUAUUUCAUGGGGGUUCUCGAACACGUUUUUUAUGUCAACUUGUGAUGAGUAUUUUUAUGAAUUGUGAAGCAUUGGUAAUCAGCAAACUAAAAAUUACAUCAUAAUAAUUUACAAGGGAAAUAAUUUAAUCAUGAACUUGUUCACAAAAAUAUAAAUAAGAUUUCUAUAUUUUCACUAAACUAAAAUACAGUGAAAAUAUGACUUUUCAUCGUAUAUCACUUUUAUGAUUUCUGUAGAUUUUGUAUAUAAUAAAGUACACUAAUAUGAA